GCAGAGCUAUGUACCCUGGACUGUGGCAGUCACGGUGUCUGUUCCAGAGGGAUAUGCCAGUGUGAAGAGGGCUGGGUGGGACCAACCUGUGAAGAACGUACCUGCCACUCUCACUGUGCCGAGCACGGGCAGUGCAAGGACGGGAAGUGUGAAUGCAGCCCUGGAUGGGAAGGGGACCACUGCACCAUUGAUGGUUGCCCAGGUCUCUGUUAUGGAAAUGGGAGGUGCACUCUUGAUCAAAAUGGAUGGCACUGUGUUUGUCAAGUGGGCUGGAGUGGCUCGGGAUGUAAUGUUGUCAUGGAAAUGGUGUGUGGAGACAACCUGGACAAUGAUGGAGAUGGCUUGACAGACUGUGUAGACCCUGACUGCUGUCACCAAAGCAAUUGUUACUCAAGUCCUCUCUGCCAGGGUUCGCCUGAUCCCCUUGACCUUAUUCAACACAGCCAACCACCUUUCUCUCAGCAUCCUCCAAGGCUCUUUUAUGAUCGAAUCAGAUUCCUUAUUGGGAAGGAAAGCACUCAUGUAAUCCCAGGAGAUGUCUCAUUUGAGAGCAGACGGGCAUGUGUCAUCCGAGGCCAGGUGGUUGCAAUAGAUGGAACACCUUUGGUUGGAGUGAAUGUCAGUUUUCUGCACCACAAUGAGUAUGGGUACACCAUCAGUCGACAAGAUGGAAGUUUUGAUCUUGUGGCUGUUGGAGGAAUCUCUGUCACUCUAGUUUUUGACAGAUCUCCUUUCAUAUCUGAAAAAAGAACACUUUGGUUGCCUUGGAAUAGAUUUAUUAUUGUAGACAAAGUUGUAAUGCAAAGAACAGAGUCGGACACACCAUCUUGUGACAUCAGUAGUUUUAUCAGCCCAAAUCCAAUUGUCCUGCCUUCACCCUUGACAGCAUUUGGAGGGUCCUGUCCUGAAAGAGGAACUGUUAUUCCAGAACUACAGGUGGUCCAAGAGGAAAUCGCAAUUCCUUCAAGUUUUGUGAAGCUGAGUUAUCUCAGCAGUCGGACACCAGGGUAUAAAACUUUGCUGCGCAUUAUUUUGACGCACACAACCAUCCCUUCUGGAAUGACAAAAGUUCACCUGAUAGUUGCUGUUGAAGGACGUCUGCUUCAGAAAUGGUUUCCUGCUGCAGCCAAUUUGGUAUACACGUUUGCCUGGAAUAAGACAGAUAUAUAUGGACAGAAAGUUUCUGGUCUGGCCGAGGCAAUGGUGUCGGUGGGAUAUGAAUAUGAAACAUGUCCUGAUUUUAUUCUGUGGGAGAAGAGAACAGUAAUCCUUCAAGGCUUUGAAAUGGAUGCUUCAAAUCUGGGCGGCUGGUCUAUAAACAAACACCAUGUAUUAAAUCCACAAAGUGGAAUUGUACACAAAGGAAAUGGGGAAAACAUGUUCAUUUCCCAGCAGCCACCAGUCAUCUCCACUGUGAUGGGCAAUGGACACCAGAGAAGUGUCUCUUGCUCCAACUGCAAUGGCCUUGCACUCAACAGCAAACUCUUUGCCCCAGUUGCACUUGCUUCUGGGCCUGAUGGCAGUGUGUAUAUUGGGGACUUCAAUUACGUCAGACGGAUCUUUCCCUCUGGGAACUCGAUUGGCAUAUUAGAAUUAAGGAAUAGAGACACAAGACACAGUACAAGCCCUGCACAUAAAUAUUACUUGGCCAUUGAUCCAGUGUCAGAAUCCCUUUAUUUAUCAGAUACCAACACCAGGAAGGUCUACAAAGCAAAAUCUCUCACUGAAACAAAGGAUCUGGCCAAAAAUGCAGAUGUGGUGGCAGGAACAGGUGAUCAGUGCCUUCCAUUUGACCAGAGUCACUGUGGGGAUGGUGGAAAAGCAUCCGAGGCCUCUCUCAACAGCCCAAGAGGUAUCACUGUAGAUAAGCACGGAUUUAUUUACUUCGUUGAUGGUACUAUGAUUCGGAAAAUUGAUGAGAAUGGUGUGAUCACAACAAUAAUAGGUUCAAACGGCCUCACGUCAACCCAACCAUUGAGCUGUGACUCUGGAAUGGACAUCACUCAGGUGCGGUUAGAGUGGCCAACAGACCUCACAGUGAACCCUCUAGACAAUUCACUGUAUGUUCUGGACAACAACAUUGUCCUGCAGAUCUCCGAGAACAGGCGUGUGCGGAUUAUUGCUGGGCGCCCCAUUCACUGCCAGGUGCCAGGUAUUGACCACUUCAUUGUCAGCAAGGUGGCCAUCCAUUCCACCCUGGAGUCAGCCAGGGCCAUCGCCGUGUCCCACAGUGGCAUUCUUUACAUCGCAGAGACGGAUGAAAGGAAGAUCAACCGUAUCCAACAGGUCACAACCAAUGGCGAAAUCUCUAUAAUUGCUGGAGCCCCAUCAGAUUGUGACUGCAAGAUUGAUCCUAAUUGUGAUUGUUUUUCAGGUGAUGGUGGAUAUGCCAAAGAUGCAAAGCUGAAAGCACCUUCUUCUCUAGCAGUGUCUCCUGAUGACACACUGUAUGUAGCAGACCUGGGCAAUGUUCGAAUCCGCGCAGUCAGCCGAAACAAGGCACACCUCAGUGACACCAAUAUGUACGAGAUUGCGUCGCCAGCAGACCAGGAACUGUAUCAGUUCACCAUCAAUGGCACCCACCUGCACACGCUGAACCUCAUCACCAGGGACUACAUUUACAAUUUCACCUACAGUGCAGAAGGGGAUGUUGGCACCAUCACCAGCAGCAGUGGGAAUUCCGUUCACAUCCGCAGAGACACGAGUGGGCUGCCCCUGUGGGUCGUGGUGCCAGGGGGCCAGGUGUACUGGCUGACAAUAAGCAGCAAUGGGGUUCUGAAAAGAGUUUAUGCCCAAGGCUACAACCUGGCUCUGAUGACAUAUCCUGGAAACACAGGACUUUUAGCAACCAAAAGCGAUGAAAAUGGAUGGACAACUGUGUAUGAGUAUGACUCUGAUGGCCAUCUGACCAAUGCAACCUUCCCAACUGGGGAAGUCAGCAGUUUCCACAGUGAUGUUGAAAAACUGACACGGGUGGAACUUGAUACUUCAAACAGAGAGAAUGUGAUCACUGCCACAAACUUCUCAGCUACCUCUACAAUAUAUACUUUAAAACAAGAUAACACACAGAACAUCUACCGGGUCAGCCCAGAUGGGUCUCUGAGAGUCACCUUUGCCAGUGGAAUGGAAAUCACGCUUAACACGGAGCCUCACAUUCUGGCAGGCGUUGUCAGCCCCACGUUAGGGAAGUGCAAUAUCUCCCUUCCUGGAGAGCAUAACUCAAAUCUCAUUGAAUGGAGGCAAAGGAGGGAGCAGACCAAAGGCAAUAUCUCUACAUUUGAGAGAAGGCUAAGGACCCACAACAGAAACCUGCUCUCCAUUGAUUUUGAUCAUGUGACCAGAACAGGAAAGAUUUAUGAUGAUCAUCGCAAAUUCACUCUUCGAAUUAUGUAUGACCAGACAGGACGUCCCAUUUUAUGGUCACCCAUCAGCAAGUACAAUGAGGUCAACAUCACUUAUUCACAUUCUGGAUUAGUCACCUAUAUCCAAAGAGGAACCUGGACUGAGAAAAUGGAGUAUGAUCCAAGUGGGAACAUCAUUUCCAGAACAUGGGCAGAUGGUAAAAUAUGGAGUUACACAUAUCUAGAAAAGUCUGUGAUGCUUCUGUUGCACAGUCAGCGUCGCUACAUCUUUGAGUACGACCAGUCUGACUACCUGCUGUCGGUCACCAUGCCGAGCAUGGUGCGCCAUGCCCUGCAGACCAUGCUCUCCGUCGGCUACUACCGCAACAUCUACACCCCUCCGGACAGCGGCGCGGCGUUCAUACAGGAUGUCACCAGGGACGGACGGCUGCUGCAAACCUUGUACCCUGGGACAGGCCGCAGAGUCCUUUACAAGUACACCAAACAGUCCCGACUUUCUGAGAUUCUUUAUGACACCACUCAAGUCACGUUCACCUAUGAGGAAUCUUCUGGGGUUAUUAAAACAAUACAUUUAAUGCAUGAUGGGUUCAUCUGUACCAUCAGAUACAGACAAACAGGUCCUCUUAUUGGUCGCCAGAUCUUCAGGUUUAGUGAAGAAGGGCUUGUGAAUGCCAGAUUUGACUACAGCUAUAACAACUUCCGUGUCACGAGCAUGCAGGCCAUGAUCAACGAGACCCCUCUUCCCAUAGAUCUGUAUCGUUACGACGACGUUUCUGGCAGGACUGAACAAUUUGGAAAAUUCAGUGUCAUUAAUUAUGAUUUAAACCAAGUUAUAACCACCACUGUGAUGAAACAUACCAAAAUCUUCAGUGCCAAUGGUCAGGUGAUUGAAGUGCAGUAUGAAAUUCUCAAGUCUAUCGCGUACUGGAUGACCAUCCAGUAUGAUAAUAUGGGUCGCAUGGUGAUCUGUGAUAUACGUGUAGGUGUAGAUGCCAAUAUAACAAGAUAUUUUUAUGAAUAUGAUGCUGAUGGUCAACUCCAGACUGUGUCUGUGAAUGAUAAAACCCAGUGGCGCUACAGCUAUGACCUUAACGGCAACAUCAACCUGCUGAGCCAUGGAAACAGUGCGCGCCUCACUCCUCUGAGAUACGAUCUAAGAGAUCGCAUUACCAGACUUGGAGAAAUUCAAUACAAGAUGGAUGAAGAUGGUUUUCUCAGGCAAAGAGGCAGUGAGAUCUUUGAGUACAACUCUAAUGGUUUGCUGAACAAAGCGUACAACAAAGUGUCUGGCUGGACUAUGCAAUACUGUUAUGAUGGUCUUGGAAGACGAGUUGCAAGCAAAUCAAGCCUAGGACAACACUUACAGUUCUUUUACGCUGAUCUCUCCAACCCAAUAAGAGUUACUCACUUGUACAAUCAUACUAGCUCGGAAAUAACAUCACUAUAUUAUGAUCUCCAAGGUCAUCUCAUUGCAAUGGAAUUAAGCAGUGGAGAAGAAUAUUAUGUUGCUUGUGAUAACACUGGAACACCUCUAGCUGUGUUUAGCAGUCGAGGUCAAGUCAUAAAAGAAAUUCUGUACACCCCAUAUGGAGAGAUUUAUCAGGACACUAAUCCAGAUUUCGAGGUGAUCAUUGGUUUUCAUGGAGGACUCUAUGAUUCGCUUACUAAAUUAGUUCAUCUGGGUCAGCGGGACUAUGAUGUCAUUGCUGGUCGGUGGACGACACCAAAUCAUCAUAUAUGGAAGCACCUGAAUGCUGUCCCACAACCAUUUAAUCUCUACUCAUUUGAAAAUAAUUACCCAGUUGGGAGAAUCCAAGAUGUUGCUAAGUAUACAACAGACAUUGGAAGUUGGCUAGAGCUGUUUGGUUUCCAGUUGCACAACAUGCUGCCUGGAUUCCCAAAACGGGAGAUAGAAGCUUUGGAGACAACAUAUGAACUUCUACAGCUUCAAACAAAAACCCAAGAGUGGGAUCCUGGAAAGACUAUCCUUGGCAUUCAGUGUGAGCUACGAAAGCAACUCCGAAACUUUAUAUCCUUGGAUCAGCUUCCUAUGACGCCCAGGUAUAGUGAUGGCAAAUGUUCUGAGGGAGCGAAGCAACUCAGAUUUGCAGCUAUUCCUUCAGUAUUCGGAAAAGGCAUCAAAUUUGCCAUAAAGGAUGGUAUAGUGACAGCUGACAUUAUCGGUGUGGCUAACGAGGACAGCCGGCGCAUUGCUGCCAUCCUCAACAACGCUCAUUAUCUGGAGAACCUGCAUUUCACCAUUGAGGGCCGAGACACCCAUUACUUUAUCAAGCUGGGGUCUUUGGAAGAAGAUUUGGCCCUAAUCGGUAACACCGGAGGACGCCGCAUCUUGGAGAAUGGCGUCAAUGUCACGGUGUCGCAGAUGACUUCUGUGAUCAACGGGAGGACUAGACGCUUUGCUGACAUCCAGCUCCAGCACGGCGCACUCUGCUUUAACGUGCGGUAUGGAACGACGGUGGAAGAGGAAAAGAACCAUGUCCUGGAGAUAGCCAGGCAGCGAGCCGUGGCUCAGGCCUGGACUAAGGAGCAGAGACGACUGCAGGAGGGGGAAGAAGGAAUUAGGGCAUGGACAGACGGAGAGAAACAGCAGCUUUUAAGCACUGGGCGGGUCCAAGGCUACGAUGGAUAUUUUGUUUUAUCUGUGGAGCAGUAUCUUGAACUUUCUGACAGUGCCAAUAAUAUUCACUUCAUGAGACAGAGUGAAAUAGGCAGAAGGUAACAAAGAAAAUCUCUGCCUUUGCGUCACCAAAGACUGCCUGUUUUUAAACGUAAAAUGGUUUAUUGUAUUGGUUUUUCUAGAUCAGAACUCUGUAUAUAUAAAUAUAGAGGAAAAAAACAUAUCCAACUGCCUUUAAAUGUGACAGAAGAUGGUAUUUUAAUAUUGUUUGUUUAACUCUUUGAGAGAUGACAGUGA